AGGAGUAGGAGGCAGGCGCAGUAGCAGACUCCUAUAUCCGCUAGAAGGAGACAGACGGGGCCAGCUGCUAGCUAAGUUAGCAACAGUAGACAGUUAGCAACUAGCCUCAGAGUCACAGCGCCGUUACUUCCUAUGCGGGACUGAGCAAGUGUGUGUGUGUAUGUGUGUGUGUGUGUGAGACAGUGUGUGUGUCGACGCUUUUCGGCCGUCCCGAAGUCACUCUGUGCUCCGUGUGCUUGUGUGUAUGUGUGUGUGUAGUGUGUGUUUAUAGCCCCUCCACUUCCACCUCUUAUCUCUUACUUCCUCCUUCUGGAGCAGCAGCGUGUCUGAGUCUGUGUUUGGGUUUGAGUGUGUGCGCGUGACAGCUUAUUAGCAAAGAAGCAAAAACACAUAAACACACUUUUGACAGUCGACUGUUUACAUUCGGUGUCCGGUGACUUGACAGCGGAUUCACAUCCCUCACAGAUACCGACACAGCGUCAGCAUAAUGUUGGGGUACGCUGUGGUCCGUGGCGGCCUCGGGCUGUUGGCCGUCAGGAGGGUGUGCCUCCACGCUCGCUAUGCCCAUUCGGCCCCACGCAGCGAGGUUCGACCAAUCAAGAAAGUCAUGGUGGCGAACAGAGGUGAAAUCGCAAUCCGUGUUUUCCGAGCCUGCACCGAACUGGGGAUUCGCACCGUGGCCGUCUACUCCGAGCAGGACACCGGACAGAUGCACAGGCAGAAGGCAGAUGAGGCUUACCUGAUUGGAAAAGGCCUGCCACCUGUCGCAGCCUACCUGCACAUUCCUGACAUCAUCAAAGUGGCCAAGGACAACAAUGUGGAUGCCAUUCACCCAGGCUAUGGUUUCCUCUCUGAACGGUCAGACUUCGCCCAAGCGUGCGCUGAUGCCGGAGUGAUGUUUAUAGGCCCGACCCCGGAAACUGUUCGCAAGAUGGGAGACAAGGUGGAGGCUCGAGCUCUGGCCAUCAGUGCAGGUGUACCCGUGGUCCCAGGAACCAACUCCCCCAUCUCCAGGCUACAGGAGGCGCAGGCCUUCGCCCAGACAUACGGCUUCCCCAUCAUCUUCAAAGCAGCCUACGGAGGUGGUGGUCGAGGCAUGAGGGUGGUCAGGGAAUACGAGGAGCUGGAGGAGAAUUACCUGCGGGCCUACUCCGAAGCCCUGACGGCUUUUGGGAACGGAGCCCUGUUUGUGGAGAAGUUUAUUGAAAAGCCAAGACACAUCGAAGUACAAAUCCUCGGUGACAAAUAUGGUAAUGUCGUCCAUCUCUACGAGAGAGACUGCUCCAUUCAGCGGAGGCAUCAAAAGGUUGUGGAGAUUGCACCGGCUUUCCAACUGGACCCUCAUCUGAGAGACCGGCUUCACACGGACGCUGUCAACCUCGCCAAACAGGUUGGCUAUGAAAAUGCAGGGACCGUGGAAUUUUUGGUGGACAAACACGGUAAACACUACUUCAUCGAAGUCAACUCCCGGCUCCAGGUGGAACACACGGUUACCGAAGAAAUCACAGAUGUGGAUCUGGUGCAUGCACAGCUGCAUGUAUGCGAGGGCCGCAGCCUGCCAGACCUGGGCCUCAAACAAGAAAAGAUCAGGGUGAACGGCUGCGCGAUCCAAUGCAGAGUAACAACCGAAGACCCAGCCAGAGGCUUCCAACCAGACACGGGCAGGAUUGAGGUCUUCCGAAGCGGCGAAGGCAUGGGUAUCCGUCUGGACAGCGCGUCAGCCUUCCAGGGCGCCAUCAUUUCACCCCAUUACGACUCCCUGUUGGUCAAAGUCAUCGCCAGCGGGAAGGACCUGCAGACGGCGGCGUCCAAGAUGAGCCGAGCCCUGGCCGAGUUCAGAGUGCGAGGGGUCAAGACCAACAUUCCAUUCCUCCAGAAUGUUUUCUCCAACCACCAGUUCCUCUACUCGACCGUCGACACCCAGUUCAUCGACGAAAACCCGGACCUGUUUAAUCUGAAGCCGACUCAGAACCGAGCCCAGAAACUCCUGCACUAUCUGGGUCAUGUGAUGGUGAAUGGACCAACCACACCCAUUCCAGUCAAGGCUAAACCGUCCUCCAUUGAUCCUGUUAUCCCUCCGGUCACCAUGGGAGAUCCUCCGGUUGGUUUCCGCGACGUGCUGCUCCGUGACGGCCCCGAGGGCUUCGCCAAAGCCGUCCGUAACCACCAGGGCCUGUUGCUAAUGGAUACCACCUUCAGAGAUGCCCACCAGUCGCUCCUGGCAACAAGGGUCCGAACCCACGACCUGAAGAAGAUCUCGCCGUUCGUCAGUCACAACUUCAGCAACCUCUACAGCCUGGAGAACUGGGGAGGUGCUACUUUUGACGUGGCCAUGCGCUUCCUGUCAGAGUGUCCAUGGAAGAGACUCCAGGAGCUCAGAGCUUUGAUCCCAAACGUCCCAUUCCAGAUGCUGCUGAGAGGGGCCAACGCCGUGGGCUACACCAACUACCCUGAUAACGCUGUCUUUAAGUUCUGCGAGGUGGCGAAGGAGAACGGCAUGGACAUCUUCCGUGUGUUCGACUCCCUCAACUACGUGCCAAACAUGCUGCUGGGCAUGGAAGCCGCCGGAUCAGCAGGCGGCGUGGUGGAGGCUGCCAUCUCGUACACGGGCGACGUGUCGGACCCAAUGAGGCAGAAGUACUCCUUAGACUACUACCUGCAACUGGCAGACGAGCUCGUCAAAGCCGGAACCCACAUCCUGUGUAUCAAGGACAUGGCCGGCCUGCUGAAACCAGAGGCCAGUAAACUCCUGGUCGGGGCCCUGAGAGACCGCUUCCCUGAUGUCCCCAUCCACGUCCAUACACAUGACACUGCAGGAGCAGGUGUAGCUGCAAUGUUGGCCUGUGCCGAAGCUGGAGCUGAUGUUGUGGACGUGGCGGUCGACUCUAUGGCCGGGAUGACCUCUCAACCAAGCAUGGGCGCCAUCGUAGCCUGUGCCAAGGGAACCAAGCUCGAUACCGGCAUUGCUCUGGAGAAGGUGUUUGACUACAGCGAGUACUGGGAAGUAGCCAGAGGCCUCUACGCGCCGUUCGACUGCACCGCCACCAUGAAAUCUGGCAACGCUGACGUCUAUGAGAAUGAGAUACCUGGAGGACAGUACACCAACCUUCAUUUCCAGGCUCACAGUAUGGGACUGGGGAAUAAGUUCAAGGAGGUGAAGAAGGCGUACGCAGAAGCCAACAAACUGCUAGGAGAUCUCAUUAAGGUGACUCCAUCUUCAAAGAUUGUGGGUGAUCUGGCCCAGUUCAUGGUGCAGAACGACCUGAGCAGAGCCGAGGUGGAGGAGCGGGCUGACGAGCUGUCCUUCCCCCUGUCUGUGGUGGAGUUCCUGCAGGGGUACAUCGGGAUACCACAUGGAGGAUUCCCAGAGCCACUCAGAUCCAAGGUGCUCAAGUCCCUGCCCCGCAUCGAGGGCCGACCCGGUGCCUCUCUGCCCCCCAUGGACUUCAAGGCCCUGGAGGACGGGCUCCGAGCUACACACGGAGACGAAAUCACACCCGAAGAUGUGAUGUCCGCCGCCAUGUACCCCAAAGUUUUCCAGGAAUUUAAAGAAUUUACCGCUAACUUCGGCCCGGUGGACUGCCUCAGCACCCGGCUCUUCCUGGACGGACCUAAGAUCGCAGAGGAGUUUGAGGUGGAACUGGAGAGGGGGAAGAUCCUCCACAUCAAGGCCCUGGCACUGGGAGACCUGAACAAGGCCGGCCAGAGGGAGGUGUUCUUUGAGCUGAACGGACAGCUGAGAUCUGUGCUGGUUAAAGACACUGUGGCCAUGAAGGAAAUGAAGUUCCACCCCAAGGCUCAAAAGUCCAUUAAGGGUCAGGUGGGGGCGCCCAUGCCUGGAAAAGUCCUGGAAGUCAAAGUGGAAGUGGGAUCCAAGGUGGAGAAGGGUCAGCCGCUGUGUGUUCUCUCAGCCAUGAAGAUGGAGACGGUGGUCAACUCCCCGAUGGCCGGCACCGUCAAAGCCGUCUAUGUCACAGCCGACGCCUCCCUGGAGGGAGACGACCUGAUACUGGAAAUCGAAGAGUAG